AUGCUUCUUGGGGCACCACAUUUGGAGGUGCACCAUCGCAUGAGGCGUUUUUCGAGCGUCCGAGCACUGAGGUUUUCUCAGUGGCAAGCGGCGCUAUCGAAAAAGGGACAAAGGUCACUGGAUCACCACAACGGCGGGUGGAUGGAUACUGAAUCUACAAGAGAUGAGCAUUCUUACAAGUCAUACGCUUUCCGAUACGACGUAGUCGGAAAGGAUGGCGGUGGACACACUCACCAAGAGUCUUCGGAUGGGAACGGUCGGGUAAACGGAUCCUAUACCAUCUUCACGAGAGAUGGCAUGGAAAGAUUGGUCCAUUAUGAAGCGGAUGGCGAUGGCUUUCGAGCAAGGGUGGAAGCAGGCGUUCCAGGAGCUCGAUUGUUCGACCAGUCUGUUAUUACCAAUCCCAACUCAGUGGACGUUCCAGACGGGCCAGUCGUAAAGGAAGGAUACACAGACUCUGACAACAGGAACGCUAUAGAUUCUUCGGCGCAUCCAGGAGAGAAAGUUAUCUUACCACCACGCUAUCGGCCAACGGCGCAAGCGACAACACCGGGUCCUUUAGAGGAACGAACACAAGAAGGGACAAACGUAUCCCAUCAUCAGCAUACACCCGCCAGCGAAAACCGGACUGCAUUAGACUGUGCUACGUGCAGUGUUCUGUUGCAUAUUCGAGGACAAGGUGUCAGUGUUGCUCCUGUGGGACCCAUUCUAGUGGCGAAAGCGAUCAGUGGGACCGCCUCUCAGGGCAGAUCCGGGCAUCAUCCCCCCAGCACUCAAGAAUACAGCACAAAAACUCUCCCGCAGCGGAAGGUAUCACGUCCGCGGGAGUUCGUCAGGCCACCCAGUGCUCGUCCUCCUCCAUCACAUUUCACAGACAUAGCUCCCGAAACUGAUCAAGGCGCUCUCCGGAACGAUGUGUCAUCCUCUCCUGUGGAUUUCCAACAUGGCUACACAAUAUCACAAACUCCAGACAUAAGUCUGGUACCCAGCGGGGACCCAGUCGUGUCACAAGGGCCAUUUCCGAGGGAACCGAACAGUGGCAAUGAAGAACACCACGAGGGGCGCCUACCCAGCCAAGAUGACGACACUGCGCGUCACUUCCACAGCGCGGGUCAGGAAGAUGCUGAGCGUCAUCCGGAAAACGUCAUAAGAGGACGAGAAGGUGUUGCAUCCGGAGGCUCAGCACAGGGCAUUGGCAUAAGCUUCAAGAGGCCAGUGGCGGCACAGCCGGUGACAAGUGGCCCUGAUGUCUCCAGUGAUUCAGGAGGGCCACUGCGACAACCGUUGGACCGGGUUACCGCAUCAGAGUUUGGCAAACAUGCAUCAAGAUCACCCAACAGCGUCCAGGCGGUGGAGGUAACACUCCACCCACAAGAUGUACUCGAGCAUGACCUGAAAGAUCGGAACAAUCCCGGAGUUGGUACCAAUGACGACGGUUCAGCUGAUUACGAGCCCUUCAAGCCAAAACCUAUUGAAGGUGGUUCAUCCAGACCCGUUUUCAUCCCACCCGUGCCUCCAAGGAGCUCUCACAAACGGACAGACGCUUAUGACGUCACAUCAUUUUUAUCGUCACCAAUUUCGAAGCAUGUUGCACGAGACGGUCCCGUGGCGGCCAACAGCCAGUUUGGCACAUCGCCAUCUGUGAAUCAUCGGGAAGGUAGUGCAGUCAAGGGGCUCGACCACGUCACACGUCCGUUCAGGCACCCAAGCGGAGGCAAUUCCCACGAAUUUCUCGGAAAGCAAACAUCUCCACAGACGUUCCAUCGUGCAGAUCUACUCAGUCGUCGACAUGAAAGUUUACCGGAUGUCAUAGGAAAUCCAGUAGAAGUACAGCCGUUGCCUCUAAAAGUACACCGGCACGAUGGAGGAAGCCACUCUACUUUCCCAGUAGCAUCACAUGAUUUACAGAAGCACCCUCACCACGACCACAGUAGGCGGGCGCAAGUAGUAAGAAACAAUCCAGCAGUGACGUAUAUACUACCUCAACAGGGAAAUGUGCCAGUGCCAUACAGCAAUACCGGUAACCUUCUACCUCCUGGCAUUCAAAUCGGCUCAUCAGCAGAUGUUACGAGACGGCAACCAAAACUGAAAGAACCACAAAGUGCAGUUGAAGUCAACCUCGACAAUCGACCAGGAGGUCACUUUGAUGUGUCCACAGAACUUCUUCAAAACUCUACAGGCGAAGGAACGCAUCACACAGGAGAAGCGCUUUCAUAUUCGUCGCAUAAUAUAAAUGCGCCCGGGGACAAGUCACUGAAAGAACAGAAGGGCUUCGUGAUAAAUACGGCGAGAAGUCAGGGACACGACAAUGAGUCCGGAUCCGAAGGAGAUACAGUCUUGUCCCACAUACCAAACUCACGCAGUAACGACUUCGCAGGUGCUUCACCAGCACCGGUUAUGGUGUCAAACCAAAUCAGGACACAUUACGCAGGCGCUUCCCAAUCUGGAAGUACGAAAAUUGCUCCCAUUGAACCACUUAUAACGCCAUCAGUGAGCAUACCUCUGUGUGACUACGGUGUUCAUGGGCAUGACCUCCGUCCCGGAUGUUCCAGGAGCGGCCAGCACUUGGAUGGAGAAAAAAAUGAGCCAGUGGAUUUAACUCAAAAUGACCGAAAGCCAGAGGGCGUAGUGCACGGCAUAACAGGAGAGCACGUACGUUUUCCCAAUGACGAGGACUCGUUUGCUGGCAUUAUCCCAGCAUUCGACUAUGAGGCUCCAGAACCAGACCUCAAAUCUAGGAAACUGUUUCGGCAGCUACCCAUUGUAUCAAAGGCAGAUGGGACAAAUUCGCAAGAAGAUACAGGGAGAGAUACUAUAGAAACGCACAACCAAGGAGCGGGAAGAAAGACCCCGGAAUCUGUGUGGGUGGAAAAUGGAGCCAUUAGUAGUAUUCUCCCCAGAUACCACGGUAGCGUAGUUGCGAGGAACAAUCAUGAAUAUUUCACUCGCAACCAAGGUGCUCCAAUAGAAAAUGUUGGACAGGUUGGAAAGUCUGUUCCGCAUGCUAGAGGAGGGUUACAUAUUGACGUCGGUCGAGACAACGCAGUACAUCGUCCCAGUUUCGUGAACACUGCCGGCAACCGCGAUGUAGUCAAUACUCCUGGAGUAUAUGUAUCUGGGAAUGCCAAUUCCAAAGGAGACGGAGCAGCACGCGUCACAAAUAUACGUUUCGGACAAAGACUGAGUGGGCUAAGGCACACAGCUAUCCGUGUGCCUCCAGUAUCCACGAGCACGGCAAAUUCAAACACUGUGAAUCAGCAGGGAAUGAACUCUUACUCGGACUUUCCAUAUAAUGUUGCAUCCGUUGAUACACGUGCUAUUGGGCAUAGUUCGUCGGACAAUCAAAGCAGGUAUUCUGAGAGUCACGAUUCAGAGGGGGGGAAAUAUGGAAAGGAGAACACCGCCAUUGUUGUCAAUCGUCCAUCAAGACCACUGCUGAUAGAGUUCCAUCGUAGAGCUAACACGGAACAACUGCGAGGUGAUCUUACAAAUCGAAUCCAUCGAGGAGGAGGGAGCACGUUCGAUACUUUUGAAAGAAAUAGGCCUAAUCCUCCUAUCGGCAAACCUCUGGUUCAAACAACAGCGUCACGUGAGUACGAUAGCGGCAGUAAUCCACCACAGCCGACUGAUUAUCCGUUUAGAGAAGCAAGAGACGGUAACAUACAAAAUCGUGGAGCUGGUCCGGCUUACUCAGAUGAGGCCACAACACCUUAUCUACCAUCAGUGUACCCAGCAGAUCCACCUGCAGCUGAUAACGUCGUAGAAAAUGUGAAACAAGGAUUUGGUGCAACCACUGCACCGCUUCCAUCAGGAGUCCCUUUAUCAAGUGUAUACAAUGUCUCAGCAGGACGGCCCACUCUCUACGUAAAUAAGAGUGAUGCCACGACUACAGAAGAUUAUGGAGGGCAGCAUCGUCCAGGGGCUGCAAACCAUGACAUUGGUGGGACGUCAGAGAACACAUUAACGACAAACGUAGAUAGUACACUGGACGAAAGGAGGCAGAAGAACGGAGAUGUGCACUUUGCCCAGCCAGAAUACACCAGUAGCAACGGGAUCCCGCAUGAGUCAAGUUAUGUUAAUCCGCGGGCGAAUGACAUUCAGGGUGAGCAACAGCAAGGAAGCAACGAGGGUAGACCGUAUUCCUUCUCAUACCACGUCGUCAGCGGGAACGGAGCUGAAGUGACCAGAAAAGAAGAAUCAGACGCCGAAGGAAGAGUCUUCGGCUUUUACACUAUUCAGGACUCCGACGGCAGGAAUCGAAUUGUUCACUAUGUUGCCGAUGAGAACGGAUUCAGGGCGCAGGUGCAUACCAACGAACAAGGCACGCAGUCCCACAGGCCUGCUUCCGUCGACGUCAAUACUGUGAACCGCAUACCACAUCCACUUGCUGACAUAACAAAGUCAGGACUUUCUGCUUCACCUGUGCUAGGUAGUGCUGGCGAAAGUACAAAAGAGACCAUUGAAUGAGUAAAUUGUUGUAUCAGA